UGCCGGCUUGGAACAAUGCAACUGACAAGGCUUUGCCGUGGAGUCGCCGGUGGUAUGGCCUCACAUGUGCAAGUUUUCUCCCCUCACACCCUUCAAUCAAGUGCCUUCUGUAGCGUGAAGAAACUGAAAGUGGAACCAAGUUCUAACUGGGAUAUGACUGGGUACGGCACACAUAGCAAAGUCUACAGUCAGAGCAAGAACGUGCAGUCCUCUCAAGCCGCCGCCGCCAUCAACGCCUCUCUCCAGAUCCCCAACCCCAGCAUCCCUUACGAGCAGACCAUCAUCUUCCCAGCCAGCACGGGGCACAUUGUGGUGACAUCCGCCAACAGCACCUCUGGUGUGGUUGCAGUAUCUGGGCAAGCGUUAGGUGGACCACACAACCUGAUGCGGCGAAGCACUGUGAGCCUUUUGGACACCUACCAAAAAUGUGGACUUAAGCGCAAGAGUGAGGAAAUCGAGAACACAAGCAGCGUGCAGAUUAUCGAAGAGCACCCACCAAUGAUUCAGAACAAUGCCAGUGGGGCUACGGUAGCCACCACAACCACAUCCACGGCCACAUCCAAAAACAGUGGCUCCAACAGUGAAGGGGAUUACCAGCUGGUGCAACAUGAAGUGCUUUGUUCCAUGACCAACACGUACGAAGUAUUGGAAUUUCUUGGCCGCGGAACCUUUGGGCAAGUGGUCAAAUGCUGGAAACGUGGCACCAAUGAAAUUGUGGCCAUCAAGAUCCUUAAAAACCAUCCAUCUUAUGCCCGGCAAGGUCAAAUUGAAGUGAGCAUCCUGGCCCGGUUAAGCACUGAAAGCGCAGAUGAUUACAACUUUGUCCGAGCCUAUGAAUGUUUCCAGCACAAGAACCACACCUGCCUGGUCUUUGAAAUGUUAGAACAGAACCUUUAUGAUUUCUUAAAGCAAAACAAGUUCAGCCCAUUGCCCCUUAAAUACAUCCGACCAAUUCUGCAGCAGGUAGCCACGGCCCUAAUGAAAUUGAAAAGUCUGGGCUUGAUUCAUGCAGACCUCAAGCCAGAGAACAUCAUGCUGGUGGAUCCAUCUCGGCAGCCAUACAGGGUCAAGGUCAUAGACUUUGGUUCUGCGAGUCAUGUGUCAAAGGCUGUGUGCUCGACUUACCUUCAAUCCAGAUACUACAGAGCCCCUGAAAUCAUCCUCGGUUUACCCUUCUGUGAAGCAAUUGACAUGUGGUCUCUGGGGUGUGUAAUUGCAGAGCUUUUCUUGGGCUGGCCACUAUAUCCAGGAGCUUCAGAGUAUGACCAGAUCCGAUACAUUUCGCAGACGCAGGGCUUGCCAGCUGAGUAUUUACUGAGCGCAGGGACGAAGACUACAAGAUUUUUCAACAGAGAUACAGAUUCGCCAUAUCCGCUGUGGAGGCUAAAGGUAAAGAUACCACCGGAUGAUCAUGAGGCAGAGACGGGGAUCAAGUCAAAAGAAGCAAGAAAGUAUAUUUUCAAUUGUUUGGAUGAUAUGGCACAGGUGAAUAUGACAACAGACUUGGAAGGCAGCGAUAUGUUGGUUGAAAAGGCAGACCGGCGGGAGUUCAUAGAUCUCUUAAAGAAGAUGUUGACGAUAGACGCGGAUAAGAGGAUAACACCGAUUGAAACCCUCAACCACCCAUUUGUCACCAUGACGCACUUGCUGGACUUCCCCCAUAGCACCCAUGUCAAGUCCUGUUUCCAGAACAUGGAGAUUUGCAAGCGGCGGGUGAACAUGUAUGACACAGUGAAUCAGAGCAAGACCCCAUUCAUUACCCACGUGGCCCCAAGCACAUCAACCAACCUUACCAUGACCUUCAACAACCAGCUCAAUACAGUUCAUAACCAGGCCACCACCCUGGCUCCCACCUCCACCACCAGUGCCACUAUUUCCUUAGCCAACCCUGAAGUCUCCAUACUAAACUACCAAUCUGCACUCUACCAGCCCUCGGCAGCCUCCAUGGCCGCGGUGGCCCAGAGGAGCGUCCCCCUGCAGACGGGGACGGCGCAGAUAUGUGCUCGCCCCGACCCCUUCCAGCAAGCCCUCAUCGUGUGUCCUCCAGGCUUCCAAGGGUUACAGACGUCCCCUUCAAAGCAUGCUGGGUAUUCAGUCCGGAUGGAGAAUGCUGUUCCAAUAGUCACUCAGGCUCCUGGGGCUCAGCCCCUUCAGAUCCAGCCAGGACUUUUAGCACAGCAAGCUUGGCCUAGCGGUACUCAGCAGAUCCUGCUCCCCCCAGCUUGGCAACAGCUGACUGGGGUAGCCGCCCACACCUCAGUCCAGCAUGCAACUGUAAUUCCGGAGACCAUGGCAGGGACCCAGCCCCUGGCAGAUUGGAGGAGCACACACGCUCACGGAAGCCACUACAAUCCCAUCAUGCAACAGCCGGCACUAUUAGCAAGUCACGUCACCCUUCCAGCAGCCCAGCCCUUAAAUGUGGGUGUCGCUCACGUCAUGAGGCAACAGCCAACCAGCACCACAUCCUCUCGGAAGAAUAAGCAACACCAGUCAUCAGCAAGAAAUAUAUCCAACUUCGAGGUGUCCUCGUCUCAGACGGUCAGCUCCCCACAGCGGUCUAAGCGAGUAAAGGAGAACACCCCCCCUCGCUGCGCCAUGGUGCACAACAGCCCUGCCUGCAGCACCUCUGUCACCUGUGGGUGGGGUGAUGGGGCUUCCAGUACCACACGGGAGCGGCAGCGGCAGACGAUUGUCAUCCCCGACACACCCAGCCCCGCCGUCAGCGUUAUCACGAUCAGCAGUGACACGGACGAGGAGGAAGAGCAGAAGCAUGCACCCACCAGCCCCCUGUCUAAGCAAAGGAAAAAUGUCAUCAGCUGUGUAACUGUGCAUGACUCCCCCUACUCUGAUUCCUCUGGCAACAAUAGCCCCUAUGCAGUGCAGCACCGAGGAGGGAACAACAAUGGAAACAGCUACGACACGAAGGGAGCACUGGAAACGCAUUGCAAUGGCAACCCCCGGACGAUCAUCGUGCCGCCACUGAAAACGCAGGCCAGCGAGGUGUUAGUAGAAUGUGAUAACUUGGUACCAGUCACCGCCAGUCACCACUCGUCCUCCUACAAGUCGAAGUCCUCCAGCAUCGUGACCUCCACCAGCGGUCACUCUUCAGGGAGCUCGUCUGGAGCCAUUGCCUAUAGGCAGCAGCGGCCAGGACCACACUUCCAGCAGCAGCAGCCUCUUAAUCUCAGCCAGGCCCAGCAGCACAUCACGACGGAUCGCACAGGGAGUCACCGGCGGCAGCAAGCCUACAUCACUCCGACAAUUGCUCAGGCACCCUAUUCCUUCCCACACAACAGCCCCAGCCACGGUACGGUCCACCCCCACCUGGCCGCAGCUGCAGCUGCUCACCUCCCCACGCAGCCUCAUCUCUACACAUACACUGCGCCGGCGGCUCUGGGCUCUACGGGGACGGUGGCCCACUUGGUGGCUUCCCAGGGGUCGGCCCGCCACACUGUCCAGCACACCACGUACCCAGCCAGCAUCGUCCACCAGGUUCCCGUCAGCAUGGGCCCUCGCGUCCUUCCAUCGCCCACGAUCCACCCAAGCCAGUAUCAGGCUCAGUUUGCCCACCAGACCUAUAUCAGCGCGUCUCCAGCCUCUGUCUACACUGGGUACCCCUUGAGCCCCACCAAGGUCAACCAGUACCCUUACAUCUAAAACGCUGGGAUGAGAGGGCGGCAGAUGGGGAAACGACGGCGGCACACGCUGAGAGGGAGACGUGGCUGCUUUUGUUCCGAAGGACAUCGCAGGCGAGCAAACAAUGCAAUGGGAGGCUCAAACGAAACUUGAACAGAGGAGACUUUGAGGAGGCGGAAACGAGAGUUGAGUCGAUGCCAGUCCUGCGCUUUUUAUUUAAAAAAGGAAAAAGAACAGAAAAAAGAUAAAAUGAAAAACAAAAACAAAACAAAAAAAACCAUUCUGCACCAAACUACGUAGUGGGAGAAGUGGAAGGGGCCAUCAUUGUCUGGUCCUGUUUUUGGAUAACUUCCCCAGUAGAACUUUUACAGAUUAUUUUCAUCUGACUACGUUUAGGAAUUUGCUGUUCGAAACCUCCUAAUACAAAGUUUCAUAGGUGUUUGGGUAUAUAUAUAUUUUUAAAUUAAAACCAAGAAGCAUACAAAUUUAGGGAUUUAUCCAGAAUUUCAAAAGGGUUAUCGCUUUUGUCAUUUGCACUGGUUGCUGUAACCCAAAAUAAAGGAACAAUGAAAAGUG